AUGCUUUGGGCACUCUGCAGGUACGAGGAUGAAAUUCGCCUCUGCAGCGGGAUGGAAUUCACCUUCAUGGAGCUCAAAAAGGAUUUGGAUGUGAGCACCUUGCACCGCACUGAGCUGGAGGUGAAGCUCAAAGGGCUCCAGGAGCUGCUGGAGCUGAAGAAAACCAUCUAUGAGCAGGAGCUGGAGGAGCUGCUGACAGAAAUCAAGGACAUUUCUGUGGUGCUGGGAAUCGACAGCUGCUCCCGGCCAGACCUGGGCAGGAUCGUGGAGGACGUCAGGGCUCAGUACGAGGCUCUGGCCCUGCGGAGCUGGGAAGAGGCCGAGGCCCUGACCCGCAGGAAGCUCACUGACAGCAGCUCCCAGCCCGGCUCCUUCGGGGGGCACCUCCUGGACAGCCGGAGAGAAAUCGCGGAUCUGAACAUCCAGAUCCAGAAACUGCGCUCCUGCAUCGUGUCCCAGAAGAGCCAGUGCCUGUACCUGGAGGAGCACAUCCGUGAGGCUGGCGAGCAGGGGGAGGGGACCCUCAGGGACGCCAAGGCCAAGGUGGCCGGGCUGGAGGAGGCCCUGCAGCGCAGCAGGGAGCACGUGGCUCACCUGGUCCGUGAGUACCAGGAGCUCAUGAACAUCAAACUGGCCCUGGAUGUGGAGAUCCUCACCUACAGGAAGCUCAUGGAAGGGGAGGAGAACAGCAUGGAGCAGCCCAUUCCCACCGUCAUCAGCGCUGUGCACUCCCGGCCAAAGCCCCUUUCUGCCAGCACCCUGCGGAAUUCGCGGCUCUUUGCCCGGAGCUCGGAGCCCAGCGGAGGCACCAGGAGAGCCCAGGACGUGCCGGGGACUGCGGGGACCCCGCCCCAGCUCAGCCCCGGCGCCCCCGGGCAGUGCUCGUAGGAGAACGGGAUGAACACGGAUCCAAGGCAGCUGGGGAGGAACCUGAACUCCAGCGCUCACCCAAGGGGUGAAGGAUGAGGGUCCUGUCCAGGCUGUCCCUUGCCUUUCCACCAUUCCAGUUCACAGCUCCAUUCCCAGUUACAGCAGGAACCAUUCCCUUCACCUUCCUCUGCAGGUCUCCCUUUCCAGGGGAUUUGCAGUCACCCCUUGGAAUGUGCCCAGCAAGAGCCAAGUGUCCCUAGCCCAGUUUUAGCAGCUGCUGUUGGUCCCUUCACGGGUGUGGCCAAGCCCUUUCCCUGCUCCCAGGGUGAUCCUGGCAGGGCUUCCAAGGAAAGCAUCACUCAGGUUUCCACACUGCAGGAGAGGGAAAACACCCCCAGGGAUGGAUUUGUCACCUUGAUUGACAGAUCUGGUGACACACUGGGGGACUCUUGGCCACCUCAGGGCAUUUCCCUGCCUUUGGAGGGCCCCUCAUUCCUUCACCAAAGUUAAAAUGCCUCACAACUCUUGAUUUCCAUAAUCCUUCCCUCUCUCCAGGCUCCACACAGCAGUUGCAGCUCCUAAAAUUGGGGUAUUGGUUCCUAUUUAAGUGCACUGGGAACAGUCCAGUUUGAGUUGGGAGGGACCUCAAAGCUCAUCCCACCCCACUCCUGCCAUGGCAGGGACACCUCCC